AUGGCCGAUUCUAAUAGAACUAUGAAGGAGCUUGCAGCUCCUGAUGAGGCUUUCAAGUAUUCGUGCAUCACUUAUCCAACUUUAGCAGGAGAUUUUGAGUUGAGAUCAGGGCUGAUUCAUUUACUUCCUAAAUUUCAAGGGUUAUCUGGAGAAGAUCCAAAUAGACAUUUGCAUGAAUUCCAUGUGGUAUGCUCAACCAUGAAGCCACAGGGAAUUUUAGAAGAAGAUAUCAAGCUAAGGGCUUUUCCAUUUUCAUUGACUGGAGUAGCAAAGGUUUGGCUAUAUUAUUUGCCACCAGGAUAUAUUACCUCUUGGAUUGAUAUGAAGAAGGCUUUCUUGGAGAAAUACUUUCCAGCAUCAAGGAUCGCUACUAUCAGGAAGAGUAUCUGUGGAAUUCAACAAGUGGUGGGAGAGACACUUUAUGAAUAUUGGGAGAGAUUCAAGAAGCUAUGUGCAAGUUGUCCUCAACAUCAAAUUAGUGAGCAGUUACUAGUUCAGUACUUCUAUGAAGGAUUAUUGCCUAUAGACCGAAGUAUGAUAGAUGCGGCAGCUGGAGGGGCUUUGGUGAAUAAAACUCCAGAACAAGUUAGAGAGCUCAUUUCUAAUAUGGCAGAGAAUUCUCAACAAUUUGGAAGUAGGGCUUUAACUACAAGAGGAGUUGGGGAGGUGCAAAUGUUUUCUAAUGAACAAAAGGAGAUAAGGAAUUCAUUGUUGGAGUUGACAUCUUUGGUGAAGCAAUUGGCAUUGAAUAAUGUUAAUCAAACUUCCACUUUGCCGAGCACACAAUUUCCAUAUCAAUCAACGGGAGUUUGUGUUAUUUGUUCUAGCCAAGAGCAUGAUUCGGAGUUAUGUCCUAACCUUCAUCAAGAUGAGUCUUUGACAGCAUUUUCUAGAGCUCAAUUUUCUCAAAAAUAUGAUCCUUAUUCUUCUACCUAUAAUCCUGGUUGGAGAGAUCAUCCAAAUCUUAAAUAUGGUUUCCAGCAGCCUGCAACUCAAUUCCAGCAGCAACAAACACUUCCAGCAUCUUCAAGACUGAGUUUAACUCACGGGAACUCUAGCAAUACCUCAAAUUCUGAUCCACAACAGGCUAGAUUGGAGGAAUUGAUGCAACAAAUCCUUCUUCAGCAACAAAAUCAGCAAAGGACAGAUUUGGCAAUACAGAAUAUAGAAAGGAGUGGGAGGAGAAUUUCAGAAUUUUCGAGUGAAGAGAAAGCUGCUGAAAACUUUUCAGAAUUACAGCGGUCUAAUUCCAGCAGUGAAAGAAUUCAAGAAGAUCAGAGUGUUCCAAAUUCAAGUUCCAUUCCAGCUUUGAUUGAUCCAUUGGACUUGGAGCAUUCACAAAGAGGUGGGAGUAUUAAUCCAGAAAAUUCCAACAGUUUUUAUCCGGCAAAAUUGCAAAAUUCUAGCAAAGCUGGAAAUUCAGGAAUUCAGAAUUCUAUUCAAGGAAAUUCAGAGCCCAACGUGUCAUUGCCUUUUCCUUUACGAAAAACUCAACCAAGGAAGAAUAUAGAAGAGGAAAGAGCUAAGGAAUUUCAAGAGCAUGUGAACUUAUUUAGCAAGGUUGAGGUAAAUGUUCCUUUGCUUACAAUGAUCAAGCAAAUUCCAAAAUAUGCAAGGUUUCUUAAGGAUCUCUGUGUGCAUAAGAAGAAGUUGAAGGGGAAUGAAUUGAUCAGCUUAGGAAAGAAUGUAUCUGCUCUUAUUCAACCAGUUCCCCAGAAAUACGAAGAUCCAGGAUUGUUUACAGUACCUUGUGAGAUUGGGAGUAGCCUUUUCAAGGAUGCUAUGUUGGAUUUAGGAGCUUCGAUUAAUGUGAUGCCAAAAUCGGUUUUUCAGACUUUAGGGAUUGGACCAUUGUUGCCUACAGGGGUUGUGAUUCAAUUAGCAGACCGCAGUCAGACUCACCCAGCUGGAGUUAUUGAAGAUGUAUUGGUAAAGGUGAGGGAACUUAUCUUUCCUGCAGAUUUUUACAUACUUGACAUGGAGGGGGACUGCUUGGCCAGUAGAUCUCCACUUAUUUUAGGGCGGCCAUUUUUAAAGACUGCAAGGACCAAGAUUGAUGUUCAUGCGGGUACACUUUCUAUGGAGAUAGGAGAUACGGUGGUUUAG